AUGUGCGUUUACCCCAUCGUCAAGUUCGCGUGCUGUGACACGCAGUUCCGGCCGGACGAGGGCCUCCCCAUCGUCAAGUUCUGCCCGCGCGGCCACGGGGACACGAUCGGCGAGCCGUUCCCGGGCUGCCCGGUCCGGCAGGCGCACGAGUGCCACGACUUCUUUCGGCUGCCGGUCAAGUGCCCGGACCACAAGCUGCAGUGGCUGACGCGGAUGGACCUCAACGCCGAGUGCCAGGCGACGGACCGGGCGCUGGGCGAGGCCGGCGUCAGCGAGCCGCUGCGGCGCCGGUACCGCGACAAGAUGGGCCGCGCGUUCGAGAUGGUCGUCAAGUGCGCGCAGCUCAUGGAGGCCGAGCGGCUGCAGGCCUGGAAGGUCAAGGUCUUCUGCACCGGCGCCGCGCUCGAGCUGCUGGGCACCGCCAUCGUCGGCAGCGAUGCGAAGCCGCUGGACUACGCCGUGCUGGAGAGCCUGCGGGAGAGGCUUGUCCGACACAUCAACGCUGAAGCGCAGCAGCUGAAGGAGGAUGCAAUUCGCCGAGGUGGACGCAGCCCGGAAGAAGCGGAACACCCUGGCCUGGGGACGGAGAGAGAAUGGUUCCGGCAAUCUCAGUCGAGGACGUCAGCUUCAAGCCCUCCGCGGUCUCCGUCGCCAGCAGCGGAUUGUAGACGAGUGCCUGCCCUGGAAGGCGCGCCGCCGCCUAUCGGCACAGCAAUCACCACAACUCCAGCACCGAAUUUGCCUCUCCUGGAUGACAUGCAGCAACACACAUCCAGAGAAUUCCUUCCCGGACGACCAAGUCAACGGUUCCUGACGAUGGCAUUCUCACCGCCACAAGCCCCCUUCCAUCAAGAUCCCGCCCCGAUAUUUCCGUUCGCGGUCCUCCCGCUGUCCGCGAACCGAUUCCCGCCGGGGCCGCCUUCAUUCAUGCCCUCCCGGGAUGUUGGGCCAGCGUUUAGUCUAGGCGGAGUCAGCAACGGUACCUGUACAGAUAACCUACCAGUGCUACCACCCUUCAUUUCGCAGUAUCCAAUGCCCCUGCCCCUCUCCCCCGAGCGGCAGUUCCAAAUGCAGCAGAGCGCCGUGACGGAUGGGCAGUUUGUUGAUCCAGUGUUGGGAUUCUCAGCAGGUUACAUGCCCAGAGGGGGACUCGGCGGUGAUAUGUACGAUAUGAUGAGUGUUGGUAUUGGUGAGGAUGAGGCAUCGGACGACGACUUGGGCCACUUGGCUCGGGCUGAGGAAGGAGCAUUUGCGUUUGACGGUGGUGUCGUUGAGCGGUGCUUGAUGAGCCAAGCACCUGCGCAAAUGGAGGAAUGA